AUGAACAGCUUCUGCGCCCAUGGGAUCACUGAUGAUGCGUUGCCCAUCAAAGCCCUGAUCAAGGCACGAGACAUUUGCGAGCCCCCAACGGAGAAAGGGACGGCAACAAAGUGUCUCCAUAAGACGGCGUGGCCCUGUUUCGAGUCAUGGGAAUGUUGCGAGAUCUCGGAUUUUCAAAAAAGCCAAUGGGUGUUCUGUGCUCCAGUCUUCAUGGAGAGUGACUCGCUGCUGGAAUUGGAGGAAAGCCACGUGCUACCUUUCACAUCAGUGGACGAGAUUGGCACCGGAGGUCAUUUCGGUACAGUCUCCAGGGCCAAAAUCCACCCUGACCAUUACCGGGGCUAUGCAUCCUCAAACAAGGACGAAAGUGGGCAAGUCUACGUUGCUUUGAAGCACAUGAGAGACCUAAGGGAGCGAGGGUACAAUGUCCAAACUGCAUGGGCCAGCGAAGCGGGAGCCCUCGAUCAAAUCAACCAACUCCACAACAAACACCUGAUCCGCCGCACAGGAGCUUUCAGGACGGGCAAGAAUUACUACAUCAUGUUUGAGUGGGCUGAUGGCGGCACCCUUCGAGAUGUUUGGGGGAGACAAAACGUUGACCAUACCACCUUAAACGGCACUCGCAUCAUGCAGGUCUUGGAGCAGCUCCAUGGCCUAGCCGAGGCACUUUCGAAACUCCACAACACAGUCAACACCAAACAGCUCAAUGGAGACACCCCAGGCCCUCUCCCCAGAUCCGAGACCAUUCUGACACCUCCCUCUCUGAACGUGCCCAAGGUGAAGCUUCAAGUUGACAGCGACAACAGCGACAACACCGGCGAGGAGCACUGGAGGCACGGAGACUUGAAGCCAGACAACAUCCUACUCUUCAAAGACGCCACCUCUCCAUGGCUGGGAACUCUCAAGAUUGCAGACCUGGGCUUGGCAAAGCAGCAUGCAUUCGCCACGUCCCAGCGAGUGGACCCAACCGGACAGAAGUUCUCAACAACCCACUACGAGGCCCCUGAGGUCAUCAUCAAGCGAUACGAACCACGAUCUCGACUCUAUGACAUUUGGUCCAUGGGUUGCAUCAUCUUCGAGUUCGUUAUCUGGCUUCUCUAUGGCUAUCCUGGGUUACAGAGAUUCUACGGAGAGAAGCCGCCGACAAGCAGGGAUACACUGUACUUCACGGUAAACUCAAGAGAGGAUCACGCGCAAGUCAGCGACAUUGUUACGAAAUGGAUGGAGUAUAUGCUACGAUUUGACCCAGAGUGCAACGGCGAGUCUGGUACUGUCAUUGGGGAUCUCAUCAAACUAGUCAAAGACAACCUUCUCGUGGUGUCCCUCCCGGGACAGAUGGGCCAGGGAAGAACUCGCCAGGGCGCAGACUUUUUGGAAAAAAGCCUGAGGGACAUCAUGAACAAAGCAGUGACUAACCGCGGAGGAACCUAUCUCUUUACUCGGUCGAGCCGGAAAGCGGCACAAGCACUGAAAGAGAUGAGUUCUCUUUCGACGGGUUCUGGGGGACAAGCUGUGGCCUUGAAGAGCCCAAAUCUGUUUGAUAACGUUUGGGAAUUUCAAGAUGACAACUCGUUUGCAACUAGCUUCCUUCGCAAACAAGACACUCAACUUUCGAGACCUUUCCCUCCUCAGUCGGCUGUACUGUGCGAGCGCUGUGCGCGCCUGAGUCUCUUGACUGACAUUGUUCUAAUGAAUGACACAUUUGCCACGAUCAAGAAGCUAUCCGAAAAGUGUCACCUCCACCGCCUGAUUCUUGAUGGCUUGAAGGGAUACCAUGAAACCAGCCUGAUCGAGGUUCGCCGUGUUGGUGGUACUCUGAAGCUUAACGGAGAGUCAAUGUCAGGCCUAUCGAUCUGCAGAGGCCUAGCCGAAAACACGAGGCUGCAUACAGCCACUAAUUCCCUUGCCAAGAUCCAGAUCGGUCUGCCUCAACUCCCCGAAGUGAACAGUUUCCCAUUCUACGAUUUGAUCUUGCACUGGAUCCAGGACUGUGAUUCAAAUCACCCGGAGUGCCGCCCACUGAAUCACGACCCAGAGUGUUUGCCGACUCGACUACUAGAUGUCAGCCCCAGUGGAAGCCUGGAUAAUGACUCAUUGGUGCAUUUACUUGUAACCAGAAGAGAUCUGGAUACAAGUCACGACUUACGCUACAUCGCACUCUCUCAUCCAUGGGGAGAUACCCUACAAAAUGACCACUUCUGCACAACCCCUGAAAACUUUCACCAACGGCUCAUCAGCGGCAUUCCUUUUGAUCAACUUCCCCUCACUUUCAAAAAUGCAGUGAAGGUUACUCGCUCGCUCAAUAUCAGGUACCUGUGGAUCGACUCACUUUGCAUCGUCCAAGGCGAUGGCGGCGAUUUUGACACCGAGGCCAAGAACAUGGAAACCACCUUCAGCUCAGCCUAUUGCGUGAUAGCCGCCAGCCGCGCUUCGGGAACAUCGAGUGGGUUUCUGGGAGAGAGACAAGCGCGGAAAUUCGUCAGAUUUGACGAGGCGACGGGUAGUCCACACUACGUCUGUAAAGCCAUCGAUGACUUCCAGCAUGAUGUGAUCGAAGGGGAUCUCAACAAACGGGGAUGGGUCCUCCAAGAGCGCGCCCUAGCUCGACGAACAAUCUACUUUACCGAGAACCAGACAUACUGGGAGUGCGGGAAAGGUAUUCGGUGCGAGACUCUCGCUCGCAUGACAAACACUAAAGUCGCGUUUCUGGGUGACCCGAAUUUCCCUAAUUUGUCCAUUCAGUCUACCAAAGGAACGAGGAUUCGCUUUUACGAGGAACUCUACGAGGGAUACUCAAGACUUGAAUUCACCAAAGCCUACGACAGGCCCAUUGCCAUUGCCGGCCUUGAACAGCGACUCGUCAACGCUUUUGAAACCCAUGGAGGCUAUGGCGUCUUCCAGGGGGGAUUUUUCGGGAGAAGCCUGCUGUGGAUUCGUGACACCAGGUUCACGGACAAGCUCAAGAAGAUUGACUUCCCUUCGAGCCAGAAAUAUGCCGUCCCAACGUGGUCGUGGAUGGCGUAUCAAGGAGCUAUAACUUUCAUGAAUGUUCCUUUCGAUGAGGUUGAUUGGGAGGAGGGAAAGGAUGCGAUCAAGUCACCGUGGACGUGGAGUGAUUCAUCAUCGAGCUCAACCACAUGGCACACUGGGAACUCGAAUGAGAACAUCGACCUAACGGCCUACGCAAGAGAUUUAAUAAGCCCAGGGUCACCUGAGAAGGGAAUCGUCUACGACCAAGGACGUACGGGUCUUACUGACGGCAGACUCAAAUGUGUGGUUGUUGGAAAGGAAAAGGUACGGGAUGAGAAGACGGAUAUGGCACUUUUGCGGCACUACUACGUCUUGGUAGUGGUUCCAAGGAGAGGCCGGGAGACCGGUUUGGCGACGCGGACGAUCCGGGAACGAAUCACUGCCUACCGAAAACUCACAGAAGACAUCCAACAGCUCCUGGAUCUGUAUUAUCAUCAGGCUACCUCCUUUGCAACCCUGGACCGUUUCACGGAACAGAUUGCCUCCCUUGUGAAUUUCUACGCCUCAAGCCCAAGGUCAUCUGGCGUCACAGCAACAACGACGUCCACCACCACCAUCGGCAACAAGUCUCGAUACACUUAUUCGUCUCUGGCCGGGAAGAACCACAUUCGUCUGUUAAUCCUAUGUCCCACUUCCACGCCGGACGCACCCCUACGCGGAUACCUGUUGCCCAUCCACGUGGGCAGUGUGAAACCCUCUUACGCGGCCUUGUCCUACUGUUGGAAUGAUUGCAUAUACUCGUCUCUUGUAGAUGGAGAGCUGUGUAUUUUCCUUGAGGACCUCCCAUCCUUACCAAAAGGGGACCAUCAUGGAAGACCCCUCCCAGCAAAACCUCUGCCAAUCACACCCAACCUUGUCAACGCCCUCCGAGCUAUUCGGGACGGCGUCUCUCACAUUGCGAUUUGGGUGGACCAGAUCUGUAUCAACCAGGCCGAUAUUGACGAACGGUUUUCUCAGGUGGCGCUGAUGGGCCGUAUCUAUACAAAUGCCCGCUACGUACGGAUCUGGAUUGGAGACGACACACAGGAUAGGAGCGUUGACAAGGCUUUUGACCUUGCCCGACACCUGGGAUCGUUCGGCUCGCGCCUUCACAAGGAGUUUGCCCCCUCUCACGGGGUUGGCGACUACGACGUAGAUGUUCAGACCUGCCGCAAGUACGGGAUUCCCUUGCUGCAAGAGGCCAUGAGCGAAUAUGCCACCUUGGUGUCCUUGAUCUGCCGUCCCUGGUUCUCCAGAUCGUGGAUUGUGCAAGAAGUGGCCCUCAACGAAAGCAUCAAAGUGUCGUGCGGCUCUUCCGAGAUCGCCUUUAUCCCCCUCUAG